AUGAAGACAUGGAAUGCCACCUCAUCAUUUGCUACACAAACUUGGUACCUUUUUUCUAGUAGCAUUGCUAAUCUCAAAUGCGAUUUAAGUAAGAUUUGCCUAUUUGUGGUUCUACAGAAUAAUUCCCUACCAUUCAACAAAUAUGCAUUUUUGACAACCCACAAUGCUUUUGCUAUCGAAGGAGAGCCAUCUCAUACCAGAGUCCCUCGUGUUACCUUCACGAAUCAAGAAGACACUGUCACUCAACAACUUAACAAUGGAGUUAGAGCCCUAAUGCUUGAUACCUAUGAUUUUCAAGGAGAUGUCUGGUUGUGCCAUUCCUUCAAAGGAAAGUGCCAUGACUACACUGCAUUUGAGCCAACUAUAGAUACUUUGAAUGAAAUCCAAGCAUUUUUAUCAGCAAACCCAGGAGAAAUUGUGACAUUGAUAUUAGAGGACUAUGUUGAAGCUCCAAACGGAUUGACAAAUGUUUUCAAAGCUGCUGGAUUGAUGAAAUACUGGUUUCCGGUAUCAAACAUGCCCAAAAGUGGUCAGGAUUGGCCGCUUGUUAGCGAUAUGGUCACUAGGAACCAAAGGCUACUUGUAUUCAAUUCAAAACAAGAGAAGGAACAAUCCGAAGGGAUUGCAUACCAGUGGAACUACAUGGUUGAAAACCAGUAUGGAAAUGAUGGAAUGAAAGCGGGAAGCUGUUCAAACAGAGCUGAAUCGUCGCCUCAAAAUGACAAGACUAAAUCAUUGGUGUUGGUUAACUAUUUUAGGUCAGUUCCCAUUAAGCAGCUCUCAUGUCAAUUCAAUUAUGAGGAUUUGGUUAGCAUGCUUAACACUUGCUAUGGUGCUGCUGGAAAUCGAUGGGCAAAUUUUGUUGCGGUUGAUUUUUACAAGAGGAGUGGAGGAGGGGGAUCAUUUCAAGCUACAGACACUCUCAAUGGAGAACUCAUAUGUGGAUGUAACGAUGUCCAUGCAUGUGUGGUAAGCUAUGAAAUAUGAUUCUUCAUCAUAUAUUCCAUUUCAUCAUCU